GAUCAGUGAGCUGAGAGCCUUUACCAUGUAAAAUGCAGGGGAGGAGCCUUUAGCCUCAGAUUGUGCUGAAUUUUUUGUUUGUUUGUUAUACAUAUGAAAGGCUCCGGAUACACAAUGCAGAGAGGCUGGAACAGAACUGACUCUGCACAGUCCAGAGAAAAGAGAUAAAGGUGUCAAUCGGACUGAGACAGGACAGUCUUCUGGACCUGGCAAGGCGAGCUUGGAAUUCCAGAGAGGAAUGGAGGACAGGAGAAAGCCCCUGAUUCCCUGAAGUUUCUUUUUAUCACUGGAACUGAAUCUUUUGUGCCAAUAUGACAUUUUCCAUUUUCCAGUCUGACAACUGAAAUAACACGCUGUGUGGCUUGGAGUGGACGUUCUGAAGGGGCAACUUUGAGAGGCUACAAUGGCUCUGACAUCUCCAAAGGCCAUGCUAGGGGACCUGCUGCAUCCAGAAGAACCAUCACUUGAUAAUGAAAACUGUCACCAUUUCCUGUCUGCAAACAUCAUCGCAGUAGUGGAAAGAUGUAUGAGCUCCAUGCAAGCUGGUACCCAGAUGAUCAAACUCCGGGGCAGUUCCAAAGGGCUAGUCCGGUUCUAUUACCUCGAUGAGCACAAGUCGUGUAUUCGCUGGAGACCAUCGCGAAAGAAUGAGAAAGCCAAAAUCUCCAUUGACUCCAUGCAGGAGGUGUGUGAGGGGAAGCAGUCGGAAAUCUUCCAGCGCUAUGCUGAUGGCAGCUUCGACCCCAACUGCUGCUUCAGCAUCUACUAUGGAGACCACAUGGAGUCUCUCGACCUGGUGUCCUCCAGCGGGGAGGAGGCACGCACCUGGAUCACAGGGCUCAAGUACCUGAUGGCAGGGAUCAGCGAUGAAGACAGCCUGUCAAAACGGCAGAGGACCAGAGACCAGUGGUUGAAGCAAACCUUUGAUGAGGCCGAUAAGAAUGGUGAUGGCAGUUUGAGUAUUAACGAGGUGCUCCAGCUGAUGCACAAACUGAAUGUGAACCUCCCCCGACAGAAAGUCAAGCAAAUGUUUAAGGAGGCUGAUACGGACGAUAACCAGGGCAUGCUGGGCUUCGAUGAGUUCUGCUCCUUCUACAAGAUGAUGUCAACCCGGCGUGAUCUGUACCUGCUCAUGCUCACCUACAGCAACCACAAGGACUAUUUAGAUGCAGAUGACCUGAAGCGCUUCCUUGAGAUUGAGCAAAAGAUGACUAAUGUGACCAAGGAGUACUGCCUGGAAAUUAUCAAUCAAUUUGAACCAUGUCUGGAGAACAAGAAGCAGCGGGCUCUGGGAAUAGACGGCUUCACCAAUUACACACGGAGCCCGUCGGGGGACAUCUUCAAUCCAGAACACUACCAGGUGAACCAGGACAUGACCCAGCCUUUGAGCCACUACUACAUCACCUCUUCCCAUAACACCUACCUCAUGGGGGAUCAGCUGAUGUCUCAGUCUAGGGUGGACAUGUAUGCUUGGGUGCUGCAGUCUGGCUGCCGAUGUGUGGAAGUUGACUGUUGGGAUGGGCCAGAUGGCGAGCCAAUAGUCCACCAUGGAUACACCCUCACCUCCAAGAUACUCUUCAAAGAUGUGAUUGAAACCAUCAACAAAUAUGCCUUCAUCAAGAAUGAGUACCCUGUUGUUUUAUCCAUUGAGAACCAUUGCAGUGUUCUCCAGCAGAAGAAGAUGGCUCAGUAUCUUAUCGAAAUCCUAGGGGACAAGCUGGACCUGUCUUCAGUGCGCAAUGAGGAUUCCACCAAACUCCCUUCCCCAGAAAGUCUUAAAGGAAAGAUAUUAGUGAAGGGCAAGAAACUUCCAGCCACCAUUAGUGAUGAUGCAGAGGAAGGGGAAGUGUCUGAUGAGGACAGUGCUGAUGAGAUUGAUGAUGAUUGCAAACUAAUGAAUGGAGAUGCUUCCACCAAUCGGAAGCGAGUAGAGAAUAUAGCAAAGAAGAAACUUGACUCGCUGAUAAAGGAAUCCAAAAUCCGUGACUGUGAAGAUCCAAACAAUUUUACAGUCGCCACUCUGCCACCAUCUGGGAAACUCAGCCAAAAGUCGGACAUCAAGAAGAACAAACCCGAGGAUGACAUGGAAUCUGGGGAAGACACAAGCACCAACAAACGGUACAGCCGAUCGCUGAUGGGCAGCUUUUCCAAACGUAAGAAAAAAGGAAGCAAAUUGAAAAAGGCAUCCAGCCUGGAAGAAGGUGAAGAUGACCUAGACUGUCAAGGAAACUUAGCCAGGGGUGCGGUGCAUUACAGCAGGAUGAGCAGACAGAAGAAAACAAUGAAGCUUUCCCGGGCGCUCUCUGACCUGGUGAAGUAUACAAAGUCUGUUGGGAUCCAUGAUGUUGAAACUGAAAUCUCUUCCAGUUGGCAGGUCUCAUCUUUCAGCGAGACAAAGGCCCACCAGAUACUUCAGCAAAAGCCAGCACAAUAUCUGCAUUUCAACCAACACCAGUUGUCCCGCAUCUACCCAUCUUCCUAUCGCGUAGAUUCUAGCAAUUACAAUCCCCAGCCCUUCUGGAACGCUGGCUGCCAGAUGGUCGCAUUAAACUAUCAGUCAGAGGGGAGAAUGCUGCAGCUGAACCGGGCCAAGUUCAAUGCCAAUGGGAAUUGUGGCUAUAUCCUCAAACCGAAGUACAUGUGUCAAGGUGUCUUUAACCCAAAUUCUGAAGACCCGCUCCCCAAUCAAUUGAAGAAGCAGCUGGUAUUGAGGAUAAUCAGUGGGCAACAGCUACCGAAGCCCCGGGACUCCAUGCUGGGAGACAGAGGAGAGAUUAUAGAUCCAUUUGUAGAGGUAGAGAUCAUAGGGUUACCAGUGGACUGCUACAAAGAGCAAACUAGAGUAGUUGAUGACAAUGGUUUCAAUCCAAUGUGGGAGGAGACUCUGGUGUUCACAGUGCACAUGCCAGAGAUUGCACUGGUUCGCUUUCUGGUGUGGGAUCAUGAUCCAAUUGGGCGGGAUUUCAUUGGACAGAGGACGAUAGCUUUUACCAGCAUGAUGCCAGGCUAUCGGCACGUGUACCUGGAAGGCAUAGAAGAGGCAUCCAUCUUUGUUCAUGUAGCUAUUAAUGACAUCUGUGGUAAGGUCAAGCAAGCUCUGGGCUUAAAAGGUCUAUUUCUCAGAAAUCCAAAACAGGCCUCGCUAGACAGUCAUGCUGCUGGUCAGCUCCAUCACAAACACUCCUUUAGCAGCCACAUCUUACGGCGGACAGCCAGCGCCCCUACCAAGAGUCAGAAGAAGAACAAGAAAGGCUUUCCCGAGAUUGUUAUCGACACCAAAGACAACAGCUCUGAAGGGGCCAGUGAAGACCACGAACUGGAAGUUUCUUCGCAGCCUCGCUUUGACAAAGAGCCGGAAAGCUCCUCUCCAUUGCUGGCUCCCAGACAGGGGGCCAACGGAGAGGUACAUGGCAAAGGGUUGAAAGGUGUCUGCCAGCUCUCAAGGCAGAGGUCAGUCACUUCUUUAUGCAGCCUAGAAACUAUGACUGAAGAGCGCAUCGUUGCCAAUGAAAAACAACAUGCUGGUUCUUGCAUCCCUCUGCCUGUUAACCCAAGCAGCGAUUCUGUGUCUCAUCAUUCCAGUGAAUCUAGAUCGGCAGGAAGUAGCCCAACAGACCAGCCUGAGAAAGCUGCUCUUGCUCAUGAACCACAGGCAGGCUUGGCUUCAAAAGACCGAGUGCUCGUAACUCCAGGGACAGCAGCCACAAGCACGUUGGGCCAGGAAGGUAAAAGUAGAAGCACAAAGGGACCACUCGAAGAUGGGGGUGACUGGGAAAAAACCCAUGGUAGUGGUGAAGAUCAGUCUGGUUUGGCAGUGUAUCCUCAACGAACCUGGGGCAUGUUGGCACCGAGUGAUACUUCAGUCCAUUCCACUGAAAGCUGCCAGAAGCAACAAGACCGUGUAUUUCAAAGGUUACCAGAUGUGAACUGCACUGCUGUAUCCAUAAGCCAGAAGGAUGGUGCCACAACCAGCCCACCACGACCAAGCCACCUGAAUAACAGCACCCAGCCAGCUUUGCCUCUAGAUGCUUUCCAGAGAAUCCAGCCUGCCUGGGCUCCAGCUGCUUCUGUUUCUCUGACCAGCUCUCACGAAUUAGUGAGGAGGUUGAAGAGCGAAGGGCACAAGAGUUCUGACUAGCCAAUGAAAAACCCAACUAGCCUGUCCCCGGCAGCAGAAGUGUACUCUGAUGCCACUUUUCAUGACCAGAUCUGGAGCAAGCUAGAUUCCAGCAGCCACCGGGACAGUAUGUCUUCCUCGUCCAGCAUGUCAUCCAACGACACUGUGAUAGACCUCUCUCUGCCCAACCUAGCUCGCAAAAGCCUUCCAGACCAAGGUACCCGUCACGAGAACACUGAGACCAUUGCUGUGAGAAAGGGCAUGCGCCCCCGGUCUGCUACGACAUCUGGUAAUGAAAUGCCAAUAGUGACCAAGAGCAAAUCCAAUCCCAACCUGUGGGCCAGCCAGACGUCCGUUGAUGAGCUGCACGCCAGGCCUCUGGCCAGGGUUCCUCAAGAUGGCUUAGCCUCCAUCCCAAGGAGGCAUACCUGGAGCAGGCUCUACAUAGAAAGUCUCAAACUGUCUUCUGUCAAGUCCAAAGUCCAGGAUAAAGCAGGGACCAGCCAGGCAAAAUCCAAAAGCCUUGGGGAUCUCACCUCCGAUGACAUUGCGUGCACUUUUGAAAGCAAGUACCGGAGCAUCAGCAGGAGCUUCGUCACUAAGUCGAUGCGAGAGCAGCGCCGCUCCUCAGGUAUAAGGUCCUCGGCCAAGCCCCAGGACCAACUGACCGAGCAGCUGAAGAAGCUGACAGCCUUUCAGGAGGAAAACGACAUCAUCCCCACUAGCCUCGAGCCAGUUGAAUCCGAGGAGGAAGAGGAGGGCUUGCUCCUCCGCAGGUCGUCCUCUCGCAGCCAGAGCAGGGUGCGGUACGUUGCCAACCGAGCCAAGCAAGCCCAGGAGAGGCAACGGCUGCAGAGCCUGGGCCAGAUCAAUGGGAGCCCCAUUGAGGAGAGGGGGAACCCCGAGGGAGCCUGCUGCAUUGCAAAAGGAGUUUGUACGGAUUCAGCUGCCCCCUGUCUGUUGACACCCCAGCUAAAGAACCAAACGGAUUUUAACCAGGACACUGAGGUCUUCUUCAUGCUGAAACUCUAAUGCUGGGAAACACUGAACAAGGUCGAUAUUUACAUUCCUGUCUGAGCAAAACUUGGAAACCCGAGAGGCGUGAAAUGCCCACACGCAUGAUAACAUUUCUUCGCCCCCCUUGAAGAUAAAGCAACCAAAGAGAUUGGCUGUGAAGAGAUGGAUGACAGCGUAUUGGACAUCCAAAAUUAGGGCAGGCCCAGUGGAGUCAGCAAUUUGCAGAUACGGUUACAGUUUUAAGGGCCUGGGGUUUUUGGGGUGGCUUGUUUUGUUUUAGCAGCCUCUACUCUGGCCUUUUUUUCUAUCUGACCACCAAUUUGCACCUGCAGUUAUCUGUGCACUCAAGCCACGUUGCUUCUGCCUGCCAGUGACACUAGUGGUGCCCACAGCUACUUGCUCCCGCAAACUACAGGUCCAUAAAGGGAGGCCUGGCUUUAAAAUCUGGCCCCUUUUUCUGAAGAGGCUGAGGAAGUCUGAGAUAGUGAAAACCACAGUAUAGCUGUUUUUCUGUGUUAAUAAUCCAGCCAGCAGAGUCCACCACCCAGCCUGGUCUUGUAUGUUCCAGUGAAAGUCCCCAUUGCCUCAUUCUUUUAAGCCGAGGAAGAGAAAUCUCUCCAUGUUCAGAAGCAGUGCGUUUUAAUCCAGUCUGUCUAUAUAUACAAACUGUGUCAAGUUAUUGUUUCAGAACCUAAUUUUGGGGGAGAAGGAAGGUGCUAGAAAACAGACAGUAAAUGUCUUCUAUUGACUUUGUUUAGCUCUGCUAUAGUUAAAAUGAAUGCUACUAUUUCUUUGAAAAGAGAAUUGACCCUUUUAGGUGAGAUUUUAACCAUGCUGCUGUACAUAGCACCUUCAGGAUGAAUUUUACUUUUUUCUGUUAUGCACUGCCAUGCAAGAUUUUUGAGCAUAUGUUUUAAAAAGAUAUACACAUACACACACAAUUUUAGGUUAACAUAUUUAGAAUGAAACCUAACCUAAACAGAAUAAUUUUUCAUUUUUAACCUUUUUUAUUUUUAGUUUUUUUGUCAGGAUUAUCAUUGUUGUUUGAGACGAGAUGUACAUUUUAUUGGUGUGGGAGGGAAUGUUUGUUGAAAUGUUUUUAAAAUGGAGCUAAAGUUUUAAUUUUAUUUGCCUAGUCCCUUUUAUUGGGGUGUUUUGUUUGUAAUGAUUCCUCUCUGGAUAGUUCAAAAUUUUAAAAUCUAUUUGUAAAGCUGUCUGACACUACUCAAAUAAAAGCAUUUAAUCUUUU